ACGAGACUGGAAAAGAAUUAAGUAUGCGUCCCCAGCAUGAAAUUAUUGACGAUGAAAGUAAGGGCAGAGUUGAUUACGCAAUAAAAGUAAUUGGAUCAAUGGUGAAUAGACUACGAUUUUCCAAGUCGCGCUAA